UUUGCCACCAGCUCUUCCCCUCCAUGCGGCUGGGCAUUGGACAAUAACCCAAGAAUGGGGAUCCCAGCCAACGCGGGAAGGGCCAAACCCUUCCUGUUUUCAGUGCUGAUGUCUACAAUGGUGCUGACUCCAACUCUGGCCAUCAAAGUUUACACAGCGAACGAGAUCCACGGCACGGUGGGAUCUAAAAUUAAGCUCUCCUGCUCUUUCUGGUCCAACGAGUGGAUCUCCGAUGACAUCUCCAUCACUUGGCACUUUCAGCCGGAACGUGGAAAGGACAGCAUUUCGAUAUUUCAUUACGCCAAAGGCCAGCACUACAUCGACAACGUUGGGUCCUUCAAGGAGCGCAUUGAGUGGAUCGGGGACCCUCACUGGAAAGACGGCUCCAUUAUCAUCCACGACCUGGAAUACACCGACAACGGGACCUACACUUGUGACGUCAAAAACCCGCCGGACAUUGUAGGGAGAACGUCGCAAGUCACGCUCUACGUCUUUGAGAACGUUCCUGUCAGAUACGGCCAAGUGCUGGGAGCCAUAAUCGGAGGUGUGUUGGCUGUGGUCUUAGUAGUCCUGCUGAUAGCUUAUCUCAUCAGGUACUGCUGGCUGAGGAGACAAGCCACCCUCCAGAGGCGGCUCAGCGCUAUGGAGAAAGGGAAACUGAGGCUCGGCAAGGAUUCUUCCAAAAGACGCCAUCAGACUCCUGUCCUGUACGCCAUGCUGGACCACAGCCGCCUGACCAAAUCCAGCGAGAAGAAAUCCAGGGGAGGCCUGGGAGACUCGCGCAAAGAUAAGAAAUAGCGGUUAGCCGGCAGAGAAGGUAUCGAGAAGAAGGCGGGCAAGAAGCAGGUCGUCAUGACCAUCGAGAUGGAACUGAAGAGGGACCAACUCGAGGCUGAGGGCCUCAAGCCUGCCGUCAAAUCCCCCAGCAAGAACAGCCUCAAAAACGCUCUCAUGAAUAUCAUUAAAAGCGAUUCGGCCAAGUAAUUCGAACGCAGAGCCUUUCCUAGCCCUCCUCUUUCUGUUGAGGCUGGGAGGUCACUCAUUCCUCCACCCAGUCCUCGUGGCUUUGCUAGGGCAGCCAGAUCUGGGCUGCAGUACUUCAGGCGGCCACGUGGUGGCCUCAAGGAGUCGUUUUGGGGCCAUCUGCUGCCACCUGCUGGCCGUUUGGAAAACCGCAGCCCAGCCAGGAUAGCCCUAAUCCUCCUGCAAUGGAGCGUUUCUCAACCUUAUCAACUUUAAAAAGUGUGGACUUCAGCGCCCAGAAAUCUGGCUG